GCGGGGCUGCAGUACCUCCUUAAAGGCGUCAGGUGGCGGUAGCGUACCAGAGAGGGAGGGGGCGGAGCAGCGUCGGCGUCUCUUUCCCUCAAACUCAAAUUCCCGCCAUCCGGGGAGGGAAGGAAGAGACAUGUCAAAGAAAAGGGGGCUGAGUGUUGAAGAGAAGAGAACACGGAUGAUGGAAAUAUUUUUUGAAACAAAAGAUGUAUUCCAACUAAAAGACAUUGAGAAAAUUGCUCCAAAAGAGAAAGGAAUCACUGCUAUGUCGGUGAAGGAGGUCUUACAGAGCUUAGUCGAUGAUAGUAUGGUGGACACGGACAGGAUUGGGACUUCAAAUUAUUUUUGGGCUUUUCCAAGUAAAGCUCUUCAUGCAAGAAAGCGUAAACUGGAGGAACUGCAGAAUCAGUUCUCAGAAUAUAGCCAAAAGAAAAAAAGCUUACAAGAAAGCAUUGAGAAAUCAAAAAUUGGGCGCCAAGACACUGCAGAACGUGCGGCACUCAUAAAGGAACUUACUGCCCUUCGUCAGAAGAGAGACCAAUUAAAGGCAGAAAUAGAUAAAUACAAAGAAUGUGAUCCGGAUAUUGUUGAAGAAAUCCGUCAAGCAAAUAAAGUGGCUAAGGAAGCAGCCAACAGAUGGACUGAUAAUAUCUUUGCAGCAAAAUCUUGGGCCAAACGGAAGUUUGCAUUUGAAGAGAGCAAAAUUGACAAAACAUUUGGCAUUCCUGAAGACUUUGACUACAUCAAUUAGAAAGGUUUAGUAAGAAUGCCCUAGGAUAUGAACCCAGUGGACUUUAUGGUGGCAAGAACAACAGGGCAAAAUGGAGAAUGGACUGAAUGAAUGGGGAAGUCUGCCACCGCAAGGCAAUCAGCCAUCAGGGAUCUUUCUUGUUAAAAAAAAUUACAGUAUUUUUUCUUAAUACACCUAUCUUUGCAUGCCUCGAAAUGCAACGUUUUAGCUAUUAUUGAGAAAAUGGCAUCUAAUCCUGAAAACCCUCAACAAGCCUCAUCUCUCCCAUUGACCAUCUGCUGUGGCCUUGGACCAGUCAAAUGUCUUUCAGCUUUAAUCACCCACCUGUAACUUAUCUGGCUCUGUUAUUGUGAAAAAUAAACAAUUCAGAUUCUUGA